CAUUUGAAAAACGAAGUGAAAAUAUAGCAACGGUGUCGUUUCCAGUCGAUGCUCUUCUUCACCCCUCACCGACCCUUCAAGAAAUUGGCGGCAAUCAUAGACGGACAUUGGAAUCGUUAGUCUGCGGAGGAAAAUAUGGGUGUUCACGGCCUUUGGGACCUGUUAUCUCCCGUCGGCCGACGUGUCUCAGUUGAAACCCUCGCCGGCAAAAGACUCGCGAUUGAUGCCAGCAUAUGGAUGAUACAGUUCAUGAAAGCGAUGCGAGAUGAACGGGGAGAUAUGGUGAGGAAUGCGCACAUAUUAGGGUUUUUUCGACGAAUUUGCAAGCUACUGUUUCUGCGGACAAAACCAGUGUUUGUUUUUGACGGUGGCACACCUGCCCUAAAGCGAAGAACCGUAAUUGCACGUCGUCGUCAGCGUGAGAAUGCUCAAGCCAAGAUCCGGAAAACUGCUGAAAAGUUACUUCUUAGUCAUCUCAAGGCAACGAGGCUGAAAGAACUGGCAAAUGAUUUGGAGAAUCAGAGAAAGAACAACGGUGAUAAGGGAAAAAAGGUGAUCACAGACCACGCUGAUCUUUCUGGGACUGCUUUAAAUACAAAUUCAUCGGAUACAAAAGCUUUCGAUCAAGAAGUUUUGGAUGCCAUGUUGGCAGCAUCCAUUGAGGCAGAGGAAGGCGAAGGUUUUAUAGGUGAUGCAUCAACAUCUGGUGCUGGGUUUCUUGCAGAAGAUGAAGAUGGAGAUGAUGAUGAAGAGAUGAUACUUCCAGCACUACAAGGAAAGGUUGAUCCUGCCGUUCUAGCUGCUUUACCACCAUCUAUGCAACUUGAUCUUCUUGUGCAAAUGAGAGAGAGGUUGAUGGCAGAGAACCGACAAAAAUAUCAAAAAGUCAAGAAGGCCCCUGCAAGAUUUUCUGAAUUGCAAAUAGAGGCUUACCUUAAAACAGUUGCCUUCCGUAGGGAGAUAGAUGAAGUGCAGAAAGCAGCUGGUGGAAGGGGAAUUGGUGGAGUUAAGACUUCACGUAUAGCAUCCGAAGCGAAUCGGGAAUUUAUUUUUUCAUCUUCUUUUACUGGCAAUAGGCAAUCCCUUGCAUCUUCUGGAGUAGAGGGAAACAGCAACGUGCCAAGCCAGAUAGCAACAAGGCAUCCCUCUACUGGUUCUGUUAAUGAUGUUGUGUCAACCAAUAAGUCCAACAGCACAAUUGAGUCUAUCAUGAAUAAGCCCAGAAAGGCAUUUAAUGAAGAUGUUGAGACGUACAGAGAUGAGAGGGGAAGUAUAAGAGUCAGCAAGGUGAGAGCUAUGGGAAUUCGUAUGACUCGUGAUUUACAAAGGAAUCUGGAUCUAAUGAAAGAGAUUGAACAGGAUAGGAUUGACCCAUGUAUAAAAUCUAAUGAUAGAAUUAGCCAUUGUAAAGAAACAGCAUUCCCAAGCACAGUUCCAGAAAGUUCCAAGCUUCCUGGAACUUCUCUUCAUGAUCGAUCAGUUUGCUCCAAUGAAACUAAUCAGGAUUCUAUCCCAGUUAGCGGAACUUCAAUAGAGGUGUCCUUCGAGGAUGACAAUGAGCAACAGUUUGUAGACAGCGAUGAUGAUGUAUUUGCUUGUAUAGUUGCUGGAGAUCCCUUAGUAGUCACUUCAGCUGAUAAUACUUCAUCUGCGAAACAACCCGCUAUGACUCUUUCAGAUUGUGAAUGGGAAGAGGGAAUGCUUGGAGAUACCAAAGGAAAAAGACUUCUUGCUGGUCAUAGUACUAGUGAUGAAAGUGAAGUGGAAUGGGAGGAAGGACCUUCUGAUAAACCUGAGUCAGGUGCUGCAUGUGAAAUUGAAUGCAGGGAAACGGUCUCGAAAGGGGAUUUAUUGGAAGAAGCAGAUCUUCAGGAAGCAAUUAGACUGAGUAUGGAAGAUAUGAGGUGCCAGAAAGAUAUUGAUGCAUCAUCUGCACCUGAAGAGUUUAAAGGUAACAAAAAUAUGGAUACUGAAUGUGCAGUUUUUGUGUCUGAAUAUGUAGAAACGGACAGAGCUGCUCCAAGAUUACCAUCAGAGAGUGUUCCGCCAAACAAACUGUCCAUUGCAACUGUGGCUGGAGUUGACGAUGGGGUGGAUAGCGUGGAUGAAACCAAGAUAAAGAAGGCUAAUAGUUCUCCUACUACCCAGUUGGAGGUGACUACUUCAGAUGAUCCAAGUUUAAUGGAAGUGCGGAUGGAAACAUCCUACCAAAGCGAUCUGAAAUACCAUCCUGAACUUUCAAUUAGAGAAGCAUGUGAUGAUCGAAAUUCUCAGGGAGAAACUGAACAUGUAGAUAAUUCUCAGGGAGAAACUGAACAUGUAGAUGUCAUAAAUCCAACCAAAGAAGAUGAAACUGAAUCGAGUAUCGAGUUGCACGAGGAUAAUUGUGGAGGGAAUUCCAAGACGCCUAUCAGUUCAAAUAUUUUUUCGUGCACAACAAAUCAUAUUUCUAAACCUGAUGUUGGCAUGCCUGAUGCCCCUCUUGCUGAUGCUCAACAAAGUGAGCUCAAAGCUUUGGUCAGUGACCAUAUUCCAGAGAUAACAAAACCUAAAGAAACCGCUGUUAACGAAUCAAAACAUGACUUUGAUGUUGCGCUGAAGGUUACUGAGGAAAGGGACAAUUAUGCUUCCUAUGAGCAACGGGAAGAUGAUGUCAACAAAUUUGUUUUGACUGACAUGAGUGAGGAACAGGUUGAAAUCGCGAAGGCUAGUUUGGAGGAGGAAAUGACAAAUUUAACCAAGGAGCGCACAGAUCUGGGUGAUGAACAAAAAAGGCUUGAGCGCAAUGCAGAGUCUGUAAGCGGUGAGAUGUUUGCAGAAUGCCAGGAACUUCUUCAAAUGUUUGGCUUGCCAUAUAUCAUCGCACCAAUGGAAGCUGAAGCUCAAUGUGCAUACAUGGAACUCGAGAACCUUGUCGAUGGUGUUAUUACUGAUGACUCUGAUGUGUUGUUGUUUGGGGCAAGAAGUGUUUACAAAAACAUAUUUGAUGACAGGAAAUAUGUAGAGACGUACUUUAUGAAGGACAUUGAAACUGAGCUUGGCUUAACGCGAGAUAAGUUGAUUCGUAUGGCAAUGCUCCUGGGGAGUGAUUACACGGAAGGUAUCAGUGGUAUAGGUAUUGUCAAUGCUACAGAAGUCCUGAAUGCAUUUCCCGAGGAAGAUGGCCUCCAAAAAUUUCGUGAGUGGAUAGAAUCACCAGAUCCAACUAUCCUUGGGAAGGCUUCGAGUACGAGGAAGAGAGGAUCGAAUAGCAGUGCUGAAGAAGCUUCUACAGUCAAUCAAGGUGUUACCAAUUCUGAUGAUGACAUCCACAGGAUGAAGCAAAUUUUCAUGGAUAAGCAUAGAAACGUGAGCAAAAACUGGCAUAUUCCUUCCACUUUUCCAAGUGAUGCAGUGAUUUCUGCAUAUGCUUCUCCACAAGUAGACAAGUCGACAGAGCCUUUUUCAUGGGGAAAGCCAGAUCUUUUUGUUCUCCGCAAAUUGUGUUGGGAAAAGUUUGGAUGGGGUACCCAGAAGGCUGAUGAGUUGUUACAACCUGUUUUAAAGGAGUACAACAAACAUGAGACUCAAUUGCGAUUGGAAGCAUUUUACACUUUCAAUGAGAGAUUUGCGAAAAUCCGUAGCAAGAGAAUAAGCAAGGCUGUGAAAGGAAUAGCAGGGAGCAAAACGUCUGAGUCAAUGGAUUAUGAUGAGCUUGAUGCAUCCAGUGGAAAGGAGAGAAAAGAAGUGAAGCAUGAAGAAGGUAAUGUUGAUGUAACAAAAGAGCAGCUUACCGCUCCUACAGAGAAAUCGGAAUUGUCAACUCAAGAGGGAGAGAGGAAAAACACCAAGGAAAGAUCAAGUGUUGGAGGCAGAGGCAGAGGCAGAGGCAGAGGCAGAGGAAGAGGAAGAGGAAGAGGAAGAGGUCAAUCAGUUGGAAAACGGAGAAGGAAAACAAAGUAUAAUCUGGAACUUUCUGGGACGAGUUCUGAUGAUGGAAACAACAGCGACUAUGUGCAGGAAGUGCAUGCUGAACAUUCAGAAGGGCAGCAUGAAGUACGAAAGUCGAAGCGUGUCAGGAAAUCGGUGAUAUCCUCCACAAACAAUGAAGACUCUGAAAUGGAUGAAGCCAGAGAGGUUGCUGGCAAUGGAGAGCCAUCGAGGGAGGAAGAGAGGUUGGUCAGUCAUGACGACAAAUUCAUGUUGUCAGGAAGCGGUAUCCGUUCUGAUAAACAUUGGUGUCAAGAGGAAGAAGGCGGCCCAGUGAUCGAAUUAUCUGAAGAGUACCUCAAAAUGGGGGGUGGGUUUUGCUUGGAUGAGGAGGAGGGUGACAAGGAGCCGACCGGAAUGUUGAAUGAAGCAACCAAUGAAGGGGAGACAGAAGCAUCAUCAAUUAGCCCAAAUGUUGAGGCUGAUAUAGUGGUGGGUGUGUCCAAUGAAGAAGAUGAUCAGACGAGACCUGUAACGCACUUGUCUGGUAUACCGAACUUGAGAAGAAAGCGAAAGAAGGGAUGAGCCAGUUGCAGUCGCCUAACCUACCUUGUAUAUUGGAUAAUAUCAUCUAUUGUUGAUGAUGUCAACAAAUGUGGUCAGAAUUGUUAUUAGAUCAAGGUUACCUGAUAGAAGCGACCCAAUGUAUGGCAUGCUUCCCUUGGCUCGUUUCUGGCCAAUCCAGUUUUGUGAAGUCACAUGAACGUACCUUAAUUCCUUUGACGUGUAGACCUUCUUGGUCCUUUGUGUAAAUCCCACCUAUAUAAAUAAUUAAAUCCCAUCGA